CUUGAAAAAGAAAGUGAAACCUAAGAGGGACGCGGAAGAAGCAUGAAGUAGAAUGACAGCGGUUUCGAGAGACCAAGUUUGAAGAUCGUGUUGAUGAUUUUGCUUCAGCUGCAUUUUCAUCCAGCAUCAGCCGGUCCUCAGUAACCAGAUCUCUGGGUUACGACCGGCUGACACCACUGCGAACUGUCAGCUUUUCUCAGGGGUCGGCUUUGUUUUUUUUUUUUUGUUUUUUUUUUUUGCCGAUCUGUGGUUUGAGAACAUUUCCUCUGCAAUGGUGUGGCUGAAGCUGUGUCUGCUGUCUUUGUUCGCCGUGUCCCUGGCAUGGUCUGAGGACACACUGAGCUCACAGCAGGAGUCCACCUUGGCUCACACUGGCGAACCGUCUCCUUCAAGUACUGACAAUCUGUCCUUCCCCUGGAGUCGUCUGCGCCUGCCAAGAUAUAUCAUUCCUCGUCACUACCACCUCCUGCUGCACCCCAACCUCACGAGUCUCAGCUUCACUGGAUCGGUGCAGAUCCAGAUCGAUGUGCAGAACAAUACGAACUGGGUUGUAGUACACAGCAAAGGUCUGCAGAUCUCCAAGGCCACCAUUCUGGACCAGAACCUCGCUCAUCUCUCAGACAAGGUCCUUCCAGUCCUUCAUCACCCCUCCCAUGAGCAGAUUGGCAUUUUCUCCCCCCGAGUUCUCAUCAGUGGUCAGAAAUAUUUCCUUUAUAUUGAGUUUGCCGCAGAUUUUGCAGAAGGCUUUUAUGGCUUCUAUAAGAGCACUUACACAACAACGGCAGGAGAAACCAGGACCUUAGCUUCAACUCACUUUGAGCCGACGAGCGCCCGAAUGGCUUUCCCGUGUUUCGACGAGCCGACGUUCAAAGCCAAUUUUUCUGUUCGGAUCAGGAGAACUCCAGAGUACAUUUCUCUGUCCAACAUGCCUGUGGUCAAGACAGUAGAAUUGAGCGACGGCUUGCUUGAGGAUCACUUCGCUCCAAGUGUUCAGAUGAGCACCUAUCUGGUCGCAUUUGUCGUCUGUGAUUUCAAAUCUGUCACUGCAAAGACAUCUUCUGGGGUGCAGGUGUCCAUCUACGCUGCCCCCGAAAAGAUUUCUCAAGCCUAUUAUGCCCUGGAAGUUGGUGUGAAAAUGUUGGACUUUUAUGACGAGUACUUUAACAUCCCCUAUCCUUUACCCAAGCAAGAUUUGAUCGCCAUCCCAGAUUUUCAAUCGGGUGCGAUGGAGAACUGGGGCCUGACCACCUACAGAGAGACCAGCCUUCUCUUUGACCCCGUCACAUCCUCUGUUUCUCAUAAACUCUGGGUGACGAUGGUGAUCGGCCAUGAGCUGGCUCAUCAGUGGUUCGGCAACUUGGUGACGAUGGAGUGGUGGAACGACAUUUGGCUGAAUGAAGGAUUCGCAAGAUACAUGGAGUACAUUUCAGUGGAGGCCACCUACCCUGAAUUCAAAGUGGAGGAAUAUCUCCUGAACACCUGUUUUGCAGCAGUUGGCCUUGAUUCUUUGAAUUCCUCUCGGCCGAUAUCCAGCCCAGCAGAGAACCCCACUCAGAUAGAAGAGAUGUUCGACACAGUCUCCUACGAUAAGGGAGCUUGUGUCCUGCACAUGCUGCGUCAUUUUCUGACAGACAACGUGUUUCAGACCGGGAUUGUGCGAUACCUUCGCAAGUACAGCUACAGAAAUGCACAGAAUCAGGACCUGUGGGACAGUUUGACCACCACCUGCUCAGACGAAGACUUCAUCGCUGGAAAUCACUGCUACAGCCGCGGCCAAGCUACCAAGAAUGCGUACCUGUUUGCAGGGGAGCAUCUGAACCUGACGGCCAUGAUGAACACCUGGACUCUGCAGAAAGGGGUUCCUCUGGUCACAGUGACCAGGAAGGGGUCUCGCCUGCUGCUGAGACAGGACAGGUUCCUGAGGACAGUGAUGCCCUCCGACCCUGAGUGGCCCGCGCUGCAGCAGGGUUACCUUUGGCACAUCCCUCUGACCUACAAGACAGAUGCUUCCGGCGCCGUCCACAGACACCUCAUGAUGUCUCAGACAGACAGCAUACACAUAGGAGAGGAAGUCAGCUGGGUGAAGGUAAACACCGACAUGACGGGCUAUUAUGUGGUUCAUUAUGCGGACGGCGGUUGGGACACAAUAACCAAACUGCUGAGAGAAAACCACACCGCUCUGAGCUACAAGGACAGGACUCACUUGAUACACAACGCCAUUCAGUUGGUCUCGGCAGGCCAUCUCCCUCUGAAUCAAGCCUUAGACCUGUUGGGUUACUUUCCGCGGGAGACACACACAGUGCCACUCCUCCAAGGGCUGAACUAUCUGGAAGCCAUUUAUCAUAUGAUUGAGAAAAGGGAUGAGAUCGCUCUCAAACACAACUUUCGGGCGUACAUUCUGCAGUUUUUCCGUGCCGUGAUCGACGAGCAGACAUGGAGUGACAGCGGCUCUGUGUCCGAGCGCCGGCUGAGGUCCGAGGUCUUGUCGCUGGCUUGUCACCUGGAUGAUCCCCGCUGUGUGGAGCGAGCGCGUCAGCACUUCAGAGACUGGCUUCAGUCCAACAAAACACUGAAUCUGCCCACCGAUGUGGCCACGACUGUGUAUUCGGUUGGAGCGCGGGAGGAUGACGGCUGGGCUUCACUCCUGGACACCUACAAGACGUCGCUCUCUGAAGCUCAGAAAGACAACAUCUUGUUUGCUCUGACUUGCAGCAGAGACACGAACAAACUGCAGAGACUGUUGGAGCUUGGUCUGGAGGGGGAUGUGAUUCGAUCGCAGGACCUGUCUCAUGUCGUCAUGUUUGUGGCUAGAAACCCUCAGGGACAUCACCUUGCGUGGGAUUUUGUCAAAAAGAACUGGGACCAUUUGGUUCAAAAGUUUCAGUUGGGCUCACCUUGUAUUAGAAACAUCCUUAUUAGCACCACAGGUCAGUUUUCAUCUCCAAAGGAACUCACUGAAGUAGAGCUGUUCUUUGAAUCCAUCAAGGAGCAGGCGUCUCAGCUCAGAGCGACACAGAUCGCCCUGGACAAUCUGAAGAAAAAUGUUCGCUGGGUUCAGAGAAACCUGGGGGUUCUGAGGAGUUUCCUGAGUGACCAAAUGAAGUGAAAACCCAAAGACAAGCUGUAGUUUACUGACGCAACACGAAGGACACUUGAUUUUUUUGUUGUUUUUUAAUUUGAUUGAAACUGAUUGAAUGUUAAUUGUAUUUGCUAAACUUGACAGUUGUGUUUAUACAGGUGUGAAUUUGUUAGAAGAAAAUGUGUAAUUGGGGGAACUGGCAGCUGAGGAAAAAUAAACUGAGAAAAACA